CUUGGUCUAAGCGCGGGUGGGCGCUGGGCUUGAGAGCAGAGCGCGGAUGGAUGCGCUUACUGCUGCUGCGCUCCACACGGGACGUGAAGUUCGGAUAGCUGUCUGAAUGAACGCGUUUCAUUCCUCCGCACCAUGGGAGACGGUUUACCGUCCGUAAACUACAGUAAUGAAUCCAAACGCGCCACAUUGGACCUAAACUCUCCGGGCGUAUCGGAACAGUGGGUCGCCGGAAUGGGAAUCGUGAUGGGUCUGAUAGUGUUUAUUAUUGUAGUGGGAAAUAUACUGGUUAUAGUUGCCAUAGCGCGGAACCAGAGACUUCAGACACUGACCAACGUUUUUAUCGUCUCUCUGGCGUGCGCGGACCUCAUCAUGGGUUUACUUGUGGUGCCAUUUGGCGCAGCGUUGGAGGUCAGAGGCACAUGGAUGUAUGGAUCCUUCUUCUGCGAAUUUUGGAUAUCUGUUGAUGUACUUUGCGUCACGGCGAGCAUAGAGACGCUGUGCGUAAUCGCCAUCGAUCGGUACAUCGCCAUCAUCUCUCCAUUCCGUUACCAGAGCCUGUUGACAAAAGCAAGGGCUAAGGGGGUGGUCUGUGGAGUUUGGGCUAUCUCAGCCCUCGUCUCCUUCCCACCCAUCCUUAUGCACUGGUCCCGGGACAGCGAGGAGACGUCCUGCUACGACAAUCCUGAAUGUUGCGACUUUGUCACCAACCGCGCGUACGCCAUCUCCUCAUCCGUCAUAUCUUUUUACAUCCCUUUAGUGGUUAUGAUAUUCGUGUACGCAAGAGUGUACAGAGAAGCCAAACAGCAACUAAACAAAAUUAAUAAAUGCGAGGGAAGGUUUUAUAACCACGGCUGCAAAGCCAACAGGAAAAGGACGACAAAAAUCCUUGCUCUAAAAGAGCAGAAGGCGCUGAAGACCCUGGGAAUAAUCAUGGGUACGUUCACGCUCUGUUGGCUGCCGUUCUUUAUCGUGAACGUGGCGCGCGUGUUUUGCGCACAAGUGGUGGAUAAAGAGCUCUUCGUGUUUCUUAACUGGCUCGGGUACGUGAACUCCGCCUUUAACCCGAUCAUAUACUGCCGGAGUCCGGACUUCAGGAAAGCCUUCAAGAGACUGCUGUGUUGCCCGAGGCAGGCGGACCGCAGGCUGCACGUGAGCUCGUGCGACCUGUCGCGCUGCAACGGCGGCUUGAUGGACCAGAGUAUGUUGCCCACGUGGUCCGAGUGUAACGGCGCGGACAGCGACUGCAGCCUCGAGCGCAACGCCAAAUUGUCCCGUUCCGAGUCACAACUGUAAUAAACAAUACUUCUGUCAGGUCUUUUCGUUUAAAAAACUUUUCAUUUUGGACGCAAGCAGUUUUGAAGCAUCUUAAAUUGAGUGUUUGGGGAAAAUUAGAAAUGAAUACCAUGGUUUUAUUAUAGUAAAAGUGAAAUGGAAGACUAUCGUUUUACUAUAAAUACCAUGGUUAAAUGUGUGAUUUGAUUUUUACUGUGGGUUUAUCACAAAUAAAACCAAAUUAAAACACCGUUAAACAUUUCUGUAGAAAUUACAGUAUUAUUUACUGUAGAUUUAAAUUUAUGUUAUUUACUGGCAACAGUUUCUUCAAAGUUAAAUGAACAUUAAACAUUAACAAGUUUUUACAAAAAAAAAAAAUUUUCAAAAUAAAACUAUAAAAUAACAACCUCAUGCAAAGCAUCUGAAGGAAAAAAAUAGAAAAAGGUUGAUAAGGAUUUCUGGCUCCCAGAAUGCUUUGCAUAAUGCUUUUAUUUUAUAGUUUUAUUCUGUUAAGACAAACACUUGUUAAUGUUUAAUGUUCAUUUAACUUGUUUUCAGUAAAUAACAUUAUUUACAAUAUUUAUACAUCAAGAGUAAGUUACUGGCAAAUAGCCGCAUAACUACAGCAAUUUUUUACGGUGUAAUUUUAAAGGUUUUAUAAUAUUCCUUUAGGAAAAUGAAUCAUGUUUUGUUAUAUUUAAAGUGUCAAAAAUGUUUUUGUCAGAUUGAUUAUUACGUUUAUAUUUUUACUACAAAUUAAAAUAUGGUUAUUACAAAUAGUUACUAUGGUUUUACAAAUACCAUUGUUAAACUAUAUGGUUACCUUGGUAAAACCAUGGCUAAUUUAGUAAUGAAAACCUUAUGGAAAUUAUCCAUGGUUUUAUAAUAGCAAAAAUGUAGUAACCAUGUUUUUUUGGAGAGUUUGUACCAUUUUUAUUACAAAAAUGCUUUACUACACUGUAAAAAAAUUUGCAGUAUUUUUGUCAAAUCAACACAUAUUUUUAUGCUACUUUAACUUAAAAAAUUAAGUUAAACAAUUUCAACUUGAAUUUAUAAGUUAUGGCAACUUUUUAAAGGGUUGAAUUGACUUGCAAAACCAAGUUGUUAUAACUUCGUGCUGCAAUUUUUUACAGUGUACAAAUUUCAUGGUUACUGAUAACUUAUUAAAUGUAUUAACUAUGGUUUGACUACAAAUACCACACUAUAAAAAAUACUUUGCUGCCUUAAAAAUUUUUGUUGAAUCAACUCGGAUUUAGAAAUCAUUUCAACUUACUGUUAUUUAUCUUGACUAGAGAUGAGUUGUUAUAACUCCAGGUGAGUUGUUAUAACUUAUAAAAUUAAGUUGACUUUUCUCAACUAUAUUUUAUAAGUUGUGACAACUCAUCUCUGUUGACAUGACUUGUAAAUCUGAGUUGAUUUAACAAAAAAUUUAAGGCAAUUUAUUUUUUACAGUGCAUGAUCAAACCACGGUUACCUUUUUGUAAGGGUUGAGCCUACAUAGUUUAUAAUAAUGUUUAAUUCACAAAUGUGUAAUUUUGCAUCUUAUUUUACCUCAUACUUGUAUAAUGCAAGCAUUGUACAAGGAUGAAGUUGUUUAUAUUAAACAAUUUGUUAAAAUGUACAGUAUUUAUUUGAUGCAUUGUACAGCAUAUAAGGAAAUGGUAGCCUAAGUGAUAAAAAUGUUAAAAAUAUCUGUGAUUUACUUGCACUUUUUUUCAAAAAAGGGCGAAAUGAGCGCCUUGCAUUAAUAUCUAUUCAUUUCUCUCAGUGACAAAUAUUAUUGGUUUCUCUAAUUGAAAUGCACACAUAUAUUUUUGGGAAAGUUUUGUUAUAAAUAUACAAAUUUGUUCUCCCAAAAGUCCCAAGUUGACAUUUUUUUUACAGAAAUACUAACUUGUGUACCAGUGGCUCCUGUGAAGUGUUAUUCAAGAUUUGUUUUGUUGACAUCAUGUUGGCUAGUGUGCAAUAAAUGUCAUGUUGUGAAAAGGCAA